AUGAGCGCGGAGCGCCCCGCGCGGCGCGCGCUGCCCGGCGUGGCGGCGGCGGCGGCGGAGGCUGCGGCGGCGGAGGCUGCGGCGGCGGCGGGGUCGCGGGGCGCGGCGGUGCCGCUGGAGCCGGCGGAGCACGAGUGGCUGGUGCGGGCGGCGGCGGGGCGCUGGAGCGCGCGGCUGCACGGGUUGCUGCUGUCGCGGGCCGGGCUGGCGGCGCAGCGGGACUUCAUGUCGGGCUUCACGGCGCUGCACUGGGCCGCCAAGACAGGCGACUGCGACAUGGCGGCGCGGCUGCUGGCCGGCGGGGCCGCGGCCGUGGACGCCCGCUCGCACGGCGGCUACACGCCGCUGCACAUCGCCGCGCUGCACGGCCGCCACGAGCUGGCCGCCGCGCUGGUCCGCACGCACCGCGCCCGCGUGCACCUGCGCGACCACAGCGGCCGCCAGCCGCACCACUACCUGCGGCCCGGCGCCCCGCUCGCCCUGCGCCUGCUGCUGGCCGACCCCGCGGCGCGCCCGCCCGCCCCCGCCCCCGCGCCGCUCGCCGCCUCCGUCCUGGGCUCCGCCACCACCUUCCUGGCGCUCGGCGUGCUGUCCGACGACGCCGCCUUCGCCGACCUGGCCCGCGGGCUCCGCAGCGCCCGCCCGGCGCCCAGCGCCGCCAAGAAGGGCAAGAGCCGCGGGGCGCUGCCGUCCUGCUCCUCCCUGGACGCCGGCGGGGAGCGCGAGGAGGCGGCGGCGGCGGCGACGCGGCGCCGGCCCGUGUCCGAGCUCUUCUUCGGCCACUAGCGCGCCCGCCCCGAGGAGCCCGGCGCGGACGAGGAGCCGGGGGCUGCUGCCGGAGUCCUUCACACGCGGAGCCGCGCGCUGGCCGCCGGCUGCUGGCAGACGGCUUUUAUACAGCGGGUUUCAAACCGGGGGGAAAGCAAAGAGAGCCGCUUUCUUUCUCUUUUUUAUGAGCUUUCCAGCUAUUUUGGUAACGGAUCAUGAAGAGAAACCUCUGUUUUUAAGGAAAAUACCCCCAUAUUCUCUCUAUAUUUAACAUGCUCACUUUUUUUUUACCAAAAACCCCCCCAAAAAAUAACUCUCUGGUAGGAAGUCCAGACUGUCCUGGUUGUUGUCCAAAUGAUUUCAUUAUACGUCAAAUGGAAAAACCGGUUUGGAAGUGGUGAAUGCAGCCUUAGCCUACCAAAACACUAUAUAUAACCUGUCUACCUCGGUUUAAACGCUAGAUUGGCACUGUUCGCGUCGGUAUUUCUGAGCAAACGGGACCUGCCACCUAUCUUGAUAUUACUGUGAACUUUUGAACUAAGGAACGAUGCAUUCGUGUGCAAGAGAGCCAGACGCAAAACUUCCUAAAUGCUUUUGUUAAAGUUAAAAACGUACAGGCGUAGGGGGACUUUUCUGAGAGAGCAGCUGUUUAUAAUGUGGAUAGCCAACGGGAAAAGAAAAAGUUUAGUCAGCGAUGUUCAUUGUUUGUCCCAUUUACCUUAAGUUUUGUGUUUUGACGUAUUUACAAGCAGGAGUUAUAAAAUCAGGGUUGAAUGCUGUGCUUGGUGUUUCCUAGCAGACUGCCUGCAUGGCCACUGUGAAAGCAACCUGUAUCUGGACAAUGUGAAUCACUGACCUAACGCUUGGUUUUCCCUUUCCUCUUUCUGUCUGUCUGUUCAGACAGCGCUGCACAUAGUUCCAAAGAGCAUGUGACUUCUGCAUCGAUUGCCAUAUAUUUCUCAAUACAUUGAUGUAUUUAUUUUGAUCAAAAGUACAACAAACCGCAGUCAAA